AUUUUGCCAAUUGCCUCCUAAACCCUAAAAGUAGCAACACGACAAAUUUCACCUGCCUCCUCCUUUGCUUUGCUUUCAUCACUCUCACUCUACUGUGUCACACUCUUCCUUCCUCUCUCUCUCUCUCUGCUCCACCUUCUCCCUUUUUAGAGAGAGAGACAAACACACACAGUUGAUUCGGAAUCUGGUUCCAUGGAGAAGAAGCAAAUUAAAUAGAGAAACUCAAGAAAGGGGGAAUCCAAUUUCAUAAUUCCCAUUUACUGUCCAGACAUGGCCAUGGCCAUGGCGACGAGCAUCUGAUCUCCUCCGACUUUUUUCAGUGGGAAUCUUCCCUGAUUUUGAGCCCACUUUCUUCUACGAGUAUAAGAAAUGGUGUCGAGGUCUUAUUCCAACUUAUUAGAUCUCACCUCCGCCGGCUCCCCGACCAUCGCCCGAAGUUCGAAGAAGUUCCCCCGCGUCGCCACCGUUUCCGGCGCAUUGUCCGAGCUCGACGACGACAAUAAGAGCAACGGAGGAUCCGACGCUCCGUCGUCGAUUUCGCAAGAGCGUAUGAUCAUAGUCGGGAAUCAGCUCCCCCUCCGCGCACAGAGAUGGGAAUCCGAUGGCCGGAAGGGUUGGAGCUUCGCCUGGGACGAAGACUCGCUUCUUCUGCAACUAAAAGACGGCCUCGGAGAAGACGUCGAGGUCAUCUACGUCGGCUCUCUCAAGGACGAAAUCGACGCCGGCGAGCAAGACGACGUCGCUCAGAAGCUGCUCGAGACUUUCAAGUGCGUCCCCGCCUUCAUCCCGCCGGAGCUCUUCAGCAAAUUCUACCAUGGCUUCUGCAAGCAGCAUCUCUGGCCUCUGUUCCAUUACAUGCUUCCUCUGUCUCCGGAUCUCGGCGGCCGAUUCGACCGAUCUCUAUGGCAGGCCUACGUCUCCGUCAACAAGAUAUUCGCCGAUAAAGUGAUGGAAGUCAUCUCUCCCGACGACGACUUCGUCUGGGUCCAUGAUUAUCAUCUAAUGGUUCUUCCCACUUUUCUGAGGAAGAGGUUCAAUCGAGUCAAGCUCGGUUUCUUCCUCCACAGUCCGUUCCCGUCGUCGGAGAUAUACCGGACGCUUCCGGUGAGGGUCGAGCUUCUUCGCGCGCUUCUGAAUUCCGACCUGAUCGGAUUCCAUACGUUCGACUAUGCUCGCCAUUUCCUGUCUUGCUGCAGUCGAAUGCUUGGCGUCUCGUAUCAAUCGAAGCGCGGCUACAUCGAGCUGGAGUAUUAUGGUCGGACAGUGAGCAUCAAGAUCCUUCCGGUCGGAAUCCACAUGGGACAGCUUCACACAGUGAUGGAUCUUCCGGCGACAGAGGAGAAAGUGGCGCAGCUGCGCGACAAAUUCAAGGAUCAGGUCGUUCUCCUCGGGGUCGAUGACAUGGAUAUCUUCAAAGGGAUAAGCUUAAAGCUUCUUGCAUUCGAGCAUCUCUUGACACAACAUCCCGAAAAGAGGGGUAAGGUUGUCCUAAUCCAGAUCGCAAAUCCGGCGAGGGGUCGAGGCAAAGACGUCGAGGAAAUCCAGCUCGAGACAUUCGCCACAGUCGCAAGAAUCAACCGUGCAUUCGGGCAGCCGGGGUAUCAGCCGGUGGUAUUAAUCGAUACGCAGCUGCAGUCGUUCGAGCGGAUCGCGUACUACGUGAUCGCAGAAUGCUGUCUCGUCACCGCUGUCCGAGAUGGCAUGAAUUUGAUACCGUAUGAGUACAUCGUUUGCAGACAAGGAACCGAGAAAUUGGAUAAGACGUUGGAGAUAAGUCCGACAGCCCCGAAGAAGAGCAUGUUGGUCGUCUCCGAAUUCAUCGGGUGUUCCCCGUCGCUCAGCGGCGCCAUCAGAGUCAAUCCGUGGAACAUCGACGCCGUCUCCGAGGCUAUGGAUACGGCGCUGAUAGUACCCGAGCAGGAGAAGCAAAUGAGGCACGACAAGCAUUACAAGUACGUCAGCAGCCACGACGUCGCCUAUUGGGCUCAUAGCUUCUUGCUCGAUCUAGAACGCGCGUGUAGGGAUCACAUAAGGAGGAGGUGUUGGGGGAUCGGGUUUGGUCUAGGCUUUCGCGUCAUUUCGUUGGAUCCGAGCUUUAGGAAACUGGCAGUCGAACAUAUAGUUUCGGCGUACAAAAGGACGAAGAAUCGGGCGAUCUUGUUGGACUAUGACGGCACCAUCACUUCUUCUUCUUCGGGCCCAAAUGCUGUGGGCAUCGAAAUCUUGAACAAGCUCUGCAAUGACCCAAAGAAUGUAGUCUUCGUCGUGAGCGGGAAGAGCAAAGAGACGUUAACGCCAUGGUUUGCUUCGUGCGAGAAUCUCGGCUUGGGAGCCGAGCACGGAUAUUUCAUCCGGCCACAGCACGGCGCAGAGUGGGAGACUUGUUUCGCCCUUCAAGAUUUCUACUGGAAACAGAUAGCGGAGCCGGUGAUGCAGCUGUAUACAGAAACAACGGACGGUUCGUUCAUAGAAACGAAAGAAAGCGCGCUCGUCUGGAAUUACCAGCUCGCGGAUCCGGAUUUCGGGUCUUGCCAAGCUAAGGAGCUUCUCGAUCACCUGGAAAGCGUGCUGGCGAACGAACCCGUUACCGUCAAAAGUGGCCAACACAUUGUCGAAGUAAAGCCUCAGGGCGUCCACAAGGGUCUGGUGGCGGAGCGGAUACUGGCGAUGAUGCGGCAGAAGAAAGUGGCGGCAGACUUUGUGCUCUGCAUCGGGGAUGACCGGUCGGACGAGGACAUGUUCGAGGUGAUAAUGUGCGCCAAGGAGGAGGGGUCACUGUCGCCGGUGGCGGAAGUGUUUGCGUGUACUGUGGGGCAGAAGCCGAGCAAGGCUAAGUACUACUUGGACGACACGGCGGAGAUACUGAGGAUGUUUCAGGGCCUGGCCGAUGCUGCUGCUGCUGCUUCGGCGGCUAAGAAUGUGUCGUUCUCAGGUCAACAGGGCAUAGUCGACGAGGCGUGAAACGUCGUCGUCUUUACUUACUUUUAUGUCGUUGCCAUUAGUAGUAGUCGUCCGAGUUUAGCCUGUGCUCCAGAAUUUGCUUGUAAAGAUCCUAAAUCCAGAUUGUAAUAUGGGUUUGGCGGAUGGAUGAUUUCGGGUAGAGUUACGUUGUCGAUAAGAUAAGAGGUACGUGAGAGUUUCCCUUUAGCUGCAA